AUGGGAGGCACUUCGGCUACCUUUGGGGUCCUCUUCGGCAAUCCCCACCGCGCGGGGUGGGGUUUGAAAUAUAGGGGAAAGGUUGCGUACCCCUGUUCGAUAGGGAGGCCGCGUGGCGCAUUUCCUUCUCUUGUCCCUCACCAAACGACCCAGUCGACUCGCGUUCCACCACUUACAAUGGUUGGCUUAGAAGUUCCGCAAGAAUUUCUCGACUUGUGCUUCGACAUCGCGAGGAAAUUUCAUAACUAUCCCACUAUCAAUACGAGUUCCAAGUCUGACUUCAUCUCAGACGACAGUCCCCCUACUUCGCCCGAGGACGCUGACGUCGAUCCAGAUGCAACGACGUAUUACCACGGCUUGCCUUCGAAACCCACCUUGGUCUUUCGUACGGGGCCCCCGUCGGAGAAGCAAACCGGCCCUGAGACAUACCUCGUGAAGAGGGAGAUCAGGCCGGUCUUCGACGACAAGUUCGCGGCCGCAUGGGAGGACGUGGGUACACACGUCUACCAAUACCUUGACUCUGCCACUGUCAAGUGGACGACAAUCGAUGUCGUCCGCUUCGCCGAACCCGGAAAGCACGUCGGUCCCAUCGUUCUAUGGGUCGGUGUCAGGCCUGGGUCUCUCUCCCGCAAGCUUGCCCAGGUUGCGGCCCUUGCCUGCGAGAAUAUUCUCCUCUCGUUUCAGAUCGUCGGCGUGGAGAUAGCGUUUCGUGAGUCAGUCUUCAGGCGGUUCGGCCCUAGGCUCCUAAACUACGUCGCCACUGCAAACCCAACCGCCAGCGUUUGCAGUCCUCUCACCGCGGCACUCGGUCUCCGCAUAGCAUCGGUCUUCACUCCGUACGCUGAGGGCACCGGCGCUCUCUACCUCUCCACAGGCUGCCACAGCGAGACGGUCUACGUUCUUACGGCCCGCCACGUUGUCUUGCCACCCAAAGAUAUUCAGAACAAGCUCUAUCACCGUACGCACAACAGUCAGCGCCGUAUUGAAAUCAUGCUCCCCGGUCCCAUGGCCUUCCAGGGCGUGCUCACGUCUGCUAUGGUCAAGAUCGCCGAUGACACCAUCAUGGUGGACUGUUACCAAAACCAGCUUGACGUACUGAAGAACAGGGAGGAGAGUGGGGACACGGACGGCGUCGAGGCAGAACGGGCGGUGGUCGAGCCUAGAUUGAGGGAGGCGAAGGCAUCGAUCAAGGUGAUCAACAAAUUCCAUAGCGAUGUCACCAAGGUCUGGAGCCAAGAGAAUCAUCGUGUCAUCGGCCACGUCCUUUAUGCUCCUCCUAUUACUGUCGGCGCCGGCAGCAAGCGCUACACCGAGGACUGGGCCCUGAUCGAGCUCGACCGCAACAAGAUCGGCUGGGCCAACUUCAAGGGCAACGUGAUCGACUUGGGCACGGAGAUUACGCCAGGCAAAUUUACGUCGAUGAUGGACCCCGACCCCUCGGCCCCCUCGUUUAAUUAUCCGUACGACAGACUCUUUCCGAUUCAGGGCGUCGUCCCGGAAGAUGAGCUCGCUCGCCCGCGAAUGCAUGACGCAAACGGCGAGCCAUGCCUUCUUCUCAUCAAAAACGGCGCCGCGACGGGCACGACCAUUGGCCGUGGCACUGGCAUCAAAUCGUUCGUGCGCGACUAUUCUUCAGACGGCACUGAGCAAACGUCGAUGGAGUUUGCGAUUCUCGGGAAUGAUAGAACCGCUGCGUUCUCCGCCCGAGGUGACUCUGGUGCCAUUAUCGUCGACGGGAAGGGACGUGUCGCCGCCCUGCUCACCGGUGGAUCCGGCCGGACGCAAUCUACCGAUAUUACCUACGGAACUCCUUUCGAAUGGCUCUUGGAGCGUAUCAAGGCCAAAUUCCCCAACGCCCAUCUCUACCCUACCAUGGCUUAGGCGUCGCGACGUCGACCUGCAAUGGAGACGUCUCGAUCUUGUUUAGGUCCGUUUCGAAGCAUGUUCGGACAUUGGAUUAGCCUCGUAAAGUAGCAUCUGGUUUUCUCUUAUAACAUAAUCGCGUACUACUGUAUUCCCCUCCCCCAAGAUAACUUGCACGAACAUUGUAAAUCCCCUCCCCCACUCCUCUACCCCUUUCGAUAGCUGUACGUUGGAUCAACAAUGGUGAUUUUUUGUUUCCCUUA